GGAAAGAAACAACAAUGAAAGCUGGAAGCUUGCGACUUCUUGCCACAGGAGGAAGGCUCUUGCUCCUAUUUGCAGAUCUGCACCUACAAAAUAGACCAAGAGGUCUGGUAGCAGCUGAUAGGUGGUUGUUUUUAAUGCAGUAGUGUCAUUAGCUGGCUGAAGACUAAACAUGAGAAUAGCAGGUGCUGCAAAGUUGGUAGUAGUCGUAGCAAUAUUUUUACUGACGUUUUAUGUCAUCUCUCAAGUGUUUGAAAUAAAAAUGGAUGCAAACUUAGGACACAUAUUUGCUAGAUCAGCAUUGGAUGCAGCUGUGCGUUCUACAAAACCUCCAAGAUACAAAUGUGGGAUCUCUAAAGCUUGUCCUGAAAAACAUUUUGCAUUCAAAAUGGCAAGUGGAGCAGCAAAUGUAGUUGGACCUAAAAUUUGUGUAGAAGAUAAUGUUUUAAUGAGUGGAGUGAAAAAUAAUGUUGGCAGAGGAAUAAAUGUGGCCUUGGUCAAUGGUAAAACAGGAGAAACAUUAGACACUAAAUUCUUUGACAUGUGGGGAGGAGAUGUGGCUCCAUUUAUCGAAUUUCUGAAGUCUAUCCAGGAUGGAACAAUAGUGUUAAUGGGAACAUAUGAUGAUGGUGCAACCAAGCUUAAUGAUGAAGCACGGAAACUGAUUGCUGAAUUAGGAAGCACAUCUAUUGCUAACCUGGGCUUUAGAGACAACUGGGUCUUCUGUGGUGGAAAAGGAAUUAAGACUAAAAGUCCAUUUGAACAGCAUAUAAAGAACAACAAGGACACAAAUAAAUAUGAAGGCUGGCCAGAAGUUGUUGAGAUGGAAGGCUGUAUCCCUCAGAAGCAAGACUAAAUGAAAACAAAGGCAAGGGGAGAGAAUCUGGAAGAAAAUGCACUUUCUGCUAUUAUUAGGGAGAGGGCUAUGAAGGAGACUGUACUGUAAAUAAUAUUUUUAAAGCAUGCAACCAUCUUGUCGGUGUGUGCAUGAGCACUGACAUUUUGAAUAUUCGGAUUAUUUAUUGCUAACACACAUAGAACUCCGUUUUGUAAAUACGUCCAAAAUAAAAGAAACAUCAAGUCAUUUCUAUGCAGGUUUCUUAAAAGCACAGUAGUUUUCCUGUGGUAAAUAAUAUCUUGUAGAUCAACUGGCUAACAUGGCAUAUGCGGAUAAUAAACAGAUCCUGACAAAUGUUGUACUGUUCUCUUAACAAUGUUGCUGUGAGUAUGUAAGCUUUGUGGAAUAUUGUAGAUUUUAGUGAUAAGUUAAUAAAGAGCUCUAUUUUUUUUUUAUCCUCUGCCUUUUUAAUGGCAGCAUCACUUUCUAUUAAAACUGUUUGGUUAUUCUAAUACCAGGUGCUCCAGAAACUUAUUUUGUAGUCCCCUGUCAAAAACUGAAUAAUCGGCAAAGGAAGAAUACAUGAUGGCAUAACACAGAUAUGCCUUGAGAAGCACAACAUAGAAUAUUUUUAUUAGGGGAAGAACAGAAGUAAAUAUGUAAAUAGUCAUGAUAACAGCUUGGAAGGAUCUGUACUUGAAAAUGCUUGUUUCAGGGUAUGCAAUUGUGUGCACCUUUAUCACCUAUGUUACACUUAAUGUGAUCUGAGGCAAUUUGUUCUUACAGUGAGAUGUUUGAGAAAGCAUUGUGUCUUGGGUUGUGUGACAUUUCAACUUAACUGACAAUAUUUCCUUCAUCCUUUUUGUUCUUUUUUUAAUGGAAAAUAGGGACCAAGUUGAAGUGGCCUUAUCCUUUAGCUUGUACCACAGCUGUGAGGGAACACUGCUUGCUUUGGAAAUUUCUGUUUUAAGUAGGGCCAGCUUGAACUUUUCCUGAAACCGAGUUAGCGUGAUGUAACUGAUGGUGUCGUUAUUCACAAAAUAGGGGCUGGCAGAGAAGUGGGUGUACUCUCUUGGAGCUUUAUGUCAUGAGUUCUGGUUUAAUCUUCACAAACUUCUAGCUAAUACUGUGGGGCAGAAGGCACAAAAGAUUUUUGAGGAACUUACAGUGUGAGUUGAGCAGAGCAACUUUCAAAAUACUGUUAUUGUUGUUGUCUUCCAAGACAAUUCUGUGCACAAAAAAAUUCAAGUAAUAUUGGGAAUUACCUUGUGAGUCAAAUAAAUAACCUGUGAUACCAGAAUAAUACUGGAUUCAGAGUUCUGUAUGUUUAGCUUGUUAAAUAAUGUGGUUUUCCCUCAAGUUUAAUGUAGAACAGCAAUAAACUGCACCUUAUACAGUGAAACUG